AUGGCAAUUGCAACCAUGACUACUCCUCUUCCUUUUUCCUUUUUCCCUUGCCUUCUUCUCAUUCCCGCUAUCUGUUUUACCAUUUGUCAUGCCAAUUCCAACCUACUUUGCAUUCAGAGUGAGAGAGAAGCUCUUUUGAAAUUCAAGAAUCAUCUUUUUGAUCCUUCAAACAGGCUAUCGUCAUGGGUAGAAGGUGGGGAUUGCUGUGAAUGGACUGGUGUCGUCUGCCAUAACUCAACAGGCCACGUCAACCAACUGCACUUGGCCGCUCCUCUUUCAGUGCCUGAUGCCUUUGCAACAAAUGCUGAAUGGGAAGCUUACCACAAUUCCCUGCUAGGAGGCAAAAUAAAUCCUUCACUGCUGGAGUUGAAGCAUCUCAGUUCCCUGGACUUGAGCUAUAACAUUUUUAGCAGCAUACAUAUCCCGAAAUUUUUCGGUUUGCUAGAGAGUUUAACAUAUCUUAACCUCUCUCGAUCACAAUUUCAGGGAGCAAUUCCUCAUAACCUUGGGAAUCUCUCAAAGCUGCAGUAUCUUGAUCUUGGAGGUAAUGAUCUCAAAUCAAAAACUCUUCAAUGGGUUUCUGGACUUUCUUCCUUGCAGUACCUUGAUUUGAGUUAUGCUGAUCUUCAUACAGCAAAUGAUUGGGUACAGGUAACACUCAAACUUCCUUCUUUGUUAGAGUUGCACUUGUCAGGUUGUGGUUUAGACAAUGAUCCAUCUUUGAUCAAUGUUAAUUCUUCAAAAUCACUGGUUGUUCUUGAUCUUUCUUUCAACCGCUUUUCUUCAGUACCUAAGUGGAUAUUUAGUCUUCAUGGUCUUGUGUCCAUUGAUCUUAGUGGCAAUUCUUUGGAAGGCCCAAUUUCAGAUUACUUUGGGAACAGCUCGUUUCUUGAAGUUCUUGAUCUUAGUUGGAAUUAUCUCAAUUCGUCCAUACCCAAUUCCUUGUAUAGUUUAAACCGUCUUCAGUUCCUUAGUCUUGGCAAUAACCAGUUACAAGGAACAAUCUCGACUGCCAUUGGAAACUUGAGCUCUGUUACUCAGCUUGAUCUUUCAGUAAAUCAAUUAAAUGGUCAAAUUCCAUUGUCUACAUGGGAGUUAUCAUCUCUGAAGUUGUUUGAUGUUUCAAAAAAUCAAUUAAACGGCCAAAUUCCCUUGUCUAUAGGGCAGUUGUCAUCUUUGGAGGAGUUUGAUGUUUCAGAAAAUCAAUUAAAUGGUCCAAUUCCAUUGUCUAUAGGGGAGUUAUCAUCUUUGAAGUUGUUUGAUGUCUCAGAAAAUCAGUUAAACGGCCAAAUUCCCUCGUCUAUAGGGCAGUUAUCAUCUUUGGAGGAGUUUGAUGUUUCAGAAAAUCAAUUAAAUGGUCAAAUUCCAUUGUCUAUAGGGGAGUUAUCAUCUUUGAAGUUGUUUGAUGUUUCAGAAAAUCAAUUAAAUGGUACUUUUCCUCUAUCGUUUGGACGACUAGAAAGUUUGGAAACUCUGGAUUGUGGGUAUAAUCUAUUAGAAGGAGUUGUAUCAGAAACCCAUUUUUCUAAUCUCACGAGAUUGACAACUCUAGCAGCAUCACACAAUCGGCUUAGAUUUGAACCAAACUUAAGCUGGAUUCCCCCAUUUCAAUGUGAAAGGAUCGAAUUGGGUCACUGGCAUCUUGGCCCAAAGUUUCCCCAGUGGCUAAAAUUCCAAAAGAAAUUGUCUUAUUUGGAUAUCUCCUAUGCAGGAAUUUCAGAUGUCAUACCCACUUGGUUUUUGAACCUUCCCACUCAAUUUGAAUCUUUAAACCUUUCCUCGAAUCAACUUAGAGGAGAGGUUUCAUAUUUGAAUGUGAGAAACUCUGUUGAUUUGAGUUCAAACCGAUUCAUAGGCCCAUUGCCAAGAGUAUUCUCAACUUUACUAUUUCUAAUUUUAUCAAAUAAUUCAUUUUCGGGAUCUCUUUUGGAAUUGGUUUGUAAUUCAUCAAGUGAGGAAUUGAUGGAAGUUCUUUACAUUGAUAAAAAUCUUAUCUCAGGAGAUAUUCCAGAUUGUUGGAACCAUUGGCAGCGUUUGAACCUUUUAAAUUUGGGAAGCAACAAUUUGACCGGCAAAAUCCCACCUUCUUUAUGGCAUCUAAAUCUUAAAAUGCUAAACCUUCGAAACAAUACAAUAUUUGGAAAAUUGCCAUCCACAUUGCAAAAUUCUCCAAAUUUGAUUAUGUUUGAUCUUAGUGAAAAUCAUUUCAGUGGAAGUGUACCAGCAUGGAUUGGUGAUAAGCUCUCAAACCUUGUGAUUCUAAGCCUUCGAUCAAAUAACUUUGAUGGACGUAUUCCUCAUAAAAUUUGUGAUCUUCAGUUUCUUCAAAACUUGGACCUUGCCCACAACAACAUUUCUGGAGUUAUUCCAAAAUGUUUUAAUAAUUUAAGUGCAAUGGCCACAGCAAACAAAAGGAAUAAUUUUGUUCUUGCGGAGUCUGUAUAUGCAGCCUCAUUUUUUUUGAACGCAUUAUUGGUGUUGAAAGGACGAGAGGAUGAAUAUGGUAGAACAUUAGGACUUGUUACUAGCAUGGACCUUUCAGCUAACAGUCUCACCGGAGAGAUCCCCAAAGAAAUUGGUAGUCUCGUUGGACUACUGUCUUUAAAUUUUUCAGGGAAUCUCCUAACAGGAAAUAUACCAAACAGCAUUGGCAAGAUGGAGUUAAUGGAAUCUCUUGAUUUGUCCAUGAAUCGACUAAAUGGUGAAAUCCCUCCAAGUUUCUCCAAUUUGAAUUUCUUGAAUCACUUCAAUGUGUCCUACAACAACUUGACAGGACAAAUCCCAACAAGCACUCAGCUUCAAAGCUUUGAAAACUUGUCUUACGUGGGCAAUCAUCUUUGCGGACCUCCUCUCACUAAGAACUGCACCUCAAAAGGUAUUCCAAUUGACGUCGCAAAUAAUGGAAGUAGCAGGGAAGGAAGUAAAGUGAAUUGGCUUUAUGUCAGCAUAGUUCUCGGCUUUGUAAUGGGAUUUUGGGGUGUAGUGGCUCCCUUGUUUUUCAUCAGGUCUUGGAGGCAUGCAUACUAUCGAAAGUUGGACCAUGUUGGACGAAAGCUGUAUGUGUCUUGGGCUACUAUGGGUAUGUAG